AAAAAAACUUUUAAGUGUCCGAUAACAGGGAACACAAUCACUUUUCUAGUAAUACAAUUAAUCAGAUAUCGUAACGAUGGAAAUCCAACAGUGGAAGAUGGCGAGCUUAGGAUUCCCGCUCUUCUUGUGUACUGUUGGUUUUUUUGUAUGAUUGAGAUCUUAAAUAUUGUGACUAGUCGUUCCAAAAUGUUAGUCGUUGAAGCUUCCAGCCGCGUACCAUUUAUUUGCAAACUAAUGUAAAACCAUGUCCACUUUCUCUCUUCUUCUUAUUCCAUUUUUGUUUCUCUUCUCUGGUUAUUAUCGCCACCAAUCUCCUCCUUUCUUUGUUUUAUCUGUAAAUACAUACAUUUCAUUGGUUUCUCCUGAAGAAUUGAACAAGUUCAAAUAAUGGGCAGAGAGAAGCUAAUUACAAUCAAGAUGAUCACAGGAAUACUAAACAAAGAUGAUCAGAAAUUCAAUCGCGGAUUAAGAGCAGUCAAAACUCUGUUCUUCUUCAUAUCAAUGUUGAUAUCACUCCUUUUAUUCUCAGCACCGGUUUUACUAGGAUUAACUGAUGCGAUUCUUCCUUCUGCUAUUCUCUCUUUAUCUCUCCCUUCUUCUCAGCUUAAUUCAUCAUUACAGAAUUUCUCUUACACUGACUACGGAUUCAUACUAUGUGUGUAUUGUUUAUGUGACGGGCCGGGGCUAACUAGGGGGCCGUACUUGGCGAUAACUACGAUCUGCUCGGUUUCGUCAUUGGCGUUUGUGUCGUUCAAGGCUUCUUAUGUGUUUUGUGUACCAUUUGUUAACGGCGGCGGCGGUGGUGAUGGACAUUAUAUUCGAGUAGCUCUGAUAAUGAGUUCGAUUGUCCUUGCCGUCGGUCAUAUCGUGGUUGCUUACCGGACGAGUUGUCGAGAAAGAAGGAAACUGCUGCUUUACAAGAUUGACAUUGAAGCUGUUUCUUCAUGCAAGAAGGGGUUUCCAACAUACAACAAGAUUCUACAACAAGUUAGGGUUAAAUAAUAAAAAGUUCAAGAAUGGAGAAGAUUGGUUUACGAAUGCGAGGCCAGUAGGUUAUAUGUGUUAUGUUCAAUUUUGCAGUUAAACGUUGUGUCGAUGUGCUUGUCUUCAAGCUAUAGAAGUGCCCUGUUCGCCAAUCGCCAAUCUCUACUUCGUUCCUUGUUGUACUACUGCGGGAUGGCAUAAUCAGACGACUGAUCUAGUGUUAAGCUUUUAGUUAGGCUGUUAGGCCAAUGACCCAUCAAAUUUGAUUAUCCUUUCAUUUCACAGGCCCAUUUGUAAAUAUAAAAGAAAAGAAUUAGUACAGAGUAUUUCCAUUCGUAGUACCAUGUAUAUGAUGCAUUCUAAUGAUACGCCUACUGGUUUGCAACGUGACU